GCAAAGAAUCUAGAAUUAUAUCCUCUCUCUCUCUCUCUCUCUCUCUCACACACAUCAACAUCCAUAUUUAAAAACCCUCACCUCAUUUCCCUUCUCAUAGAAACUCAAAAAGCACUCCCUACUGCUUCUUUCACUAACAUGGCUUCUCCUUCUUCUCCUUCACUUUCACUGACUAAUACUAAUACUAGUGCUUCUUCUUUCUUCUCUGACUAUCUUCACUCUCUUUCCCAAACCCCAUACAGGCUUAAGAAAAGAAUGCUAGCGACAUGGACACCAGCCCAAGAACUUAAUCAAGUAAGACUAAGGUCUGGUGCAGAUAUGAAAAGGAAACUUAAGUGGCAUGACUUGAUAGCCCUUGGUAUAGGAGGCAUGCUUGGUGUUGGUGUUUUUGUCACUACUGGGUCUGUUGCCCUUGAAGACACCGGCCCUGCUGUUUUCAUUUCUUAUAUUAUUGCUGGCAUAUCAGCACUGCUUUCCUCUUUAUGUUACACCGAAUUCUCUGUUCAGAUUCCGGUCGCCGGUGGUGCCUUCAGUUACUUAAGAGUGACUUUUGGAGAAUUCAUAGGCUAUUUUGCUGGGGCAAACAUACUAAUGGAAUAUGUACUAUCAAAUGCUGCGGUUGCAAGAACUUUUACAGACUACCUUUGCCGCACGGUUGGAGAGAAUAAUUCAAACUCAUGGAGAGUUGAAGUGAAUGGACUAGUAGAGGGUUACAAUAAGUUGGAUUUCACUGCUGUUGCUCUUGUGCUUCUUCUCACUCUCUGCCUUUGCCAUAGUACGAAGGAGAGCUCAACAUUGAACCUUGUUAUGACAGUAUUCCAUGUGAUUUUCUUUGCAUUCAUUAUAAUUGCUGGUAUCUACAAAGGAAGUGUCAAGAACUUGGUUGAGCCAGGAGGAAUUGCUCCUUAUGGUGUUAAAGGUAUUAUUAAUGGAGCAGCUAUAGUUUAUUUCAGCUAUAUCGGCUACGACUCAGUUUCAACCAUGGCAGAAGAGAUUCAAAACCCUUCUAAAAGCCUUCCAAUUGGCAUUUUGGGUUCUGUUCUCAUUGUCUGCUUAUUAUAUUGCCUCAUGGCUUUGUCUUUAUGUGUCAUGGUGCCUUACAAUAUGAUACCCAAAGAAGCAGCCUUUUCCAUGGUUUUCCAAAAGAUUGGCUGGAACUGGGCGAGCAAUGUCGUCGGCGCCGGAGCAAGUUUGGGAAUCGUCGCUUCUCUCUUGGUUGCCAUGUUAGGCCAAGCAAGAUACCUUUGUGUUAUCGGAAGGGCUAGGCUUGUGCCCUCUUGGUUAGCGAAGGUGAACCCUUCUACAGGCACCCCACUGAAUGCCACGCUCUUCUUGGGGCUUUGCACAGCUUCAAUUGCACUAUUCACCGAGCUCCCUAUAGUUCUGGAAAUGAUAUCCAUCAGCACAUUGUUGGUAUUUUACCUAGUGGCUAAUGCUUUAAUCUACCGACGAUAUGUGAUCAUUAGCAAAAACCCACCUUCACAUACCCUCUUAUUUCUUUUCCUCCUCUCAUUUACUGCAAUUGGCUUCUCUAUUUCAUGGAAACUUGAAGAACAAAAGUGGGGUUUACCUCUAUUUGGUCUGAUCACGGUUGCCAUUACAGCUUUCUUCCAAUACAUGGUACCUUCCAUUAGCCAACCUAAUGAAGAAUGGUCAGUGCCACUGAUGCCAUGGCCAGCUGCACUAUCAAUAUUUCUUAAUGUUUUUCUCACGACCACAUUAAAGCUGCUCGCUUUCCAAAGGUUUGCUGUAUGGGCAUGUUUGAUAACUAUCUUUUAUGUGUUAUAUGGUGUACACUCAACUUACCAAGCUGAAGACAUGGAACUGGGUGUUGAUCAAAUGCAGCAACACCCAUCAAUCCAACAAAGUAAGCUAGACAUUCAAGUGAUAUAAUAAACAAGAAAGAACUACCCUUUAAAUUGUC